UUUUUAUUUAUUUAUUUGCUUUAUUUUUUUGCAUGGCUAUUUUACUUACAGUUCUCUGUUUUGUUUUAACCGUCAUUGUUACCCUCUGGUCGAUUUUUGGCGUUUUUCUGUCUUUGCCCCCUUUUUUUUUUGUAAAAUGGAACGUUCACACAGCAUGCCUAUCAUACUCGAGAAUUUGCUUUCAGAGUAGAACCCUUGGCUUUCAUUUUUGGUGUGAAAAUGAGAUGGUACCCUCCAUAUCUCACAGUCACGAUCAAAAAUACUGAAUCAUGACAUUCAAACUAAAAUUUAUUUGGAAGAGAAUUAAAUGGUCUUUGAAUCGGAAGUGAAGGUAAAAACUCCACAGGAGUCAAAUGUAACGAUCACGCAAACCACUACGCUGACCAAUAAGGAAUGCAUACUCAAAGAAGAGUUUCUGGUCCUGUUUACCAGCAGAACAGAGCUCACAAAAAUUAUACCAACAAGCCAUGCUCAACACAAUGGCCAGAAACGCCAGUAGUCGAGAGAUCACACCCUUACAAGGAGAGUUACUUCGAGCUCUGAUCAGUAGUGGUAUUUCCAAAGACGCCCUUCUUAGCGCUUGCGAUGAGUUGUACGCUAAACUGGCGCAGAGUGCUCAACGCGCAGAUGGUACAGCUGUAGAGCAACAACCCAAGCACAACUCCAGCGAUCACUUGCAAGGCACUCAGGUGAAAAGUGAGGUGGUCAAACUCGAAGAAGCUCCUCAGAGAAGGUUGACAAGAGACGUGAGCUUGGAAGCACAGCAGAUCAGCUUUGUUGAUCAAAUGCUCGGAAUGGACCCAUGGCAAGCAGCCAAGUUGAUAAAAAUGUAUAUGCAGCAACACAACAUUCCACAGCGUGAAGUGGUGGAAUCCACCGGUUUGAACCAGAGUCACUUAUCACAGCAUCUGAAUAAGGGUACUCCUAUGAAGACAAGCAAAAGAGCAGCUCUCUAUACUUGGUUUGAGAACAAGAGGAAAGAAAUUAUUGAACGUAAGGAAGUAGUUUGCAACAUUAUUAUAAUCUAAUCAGCAUAUCAUCAAUAAAUAGGACAGUGAGGGGAAUCUGCUUCCCCCCACCUUCCCCAUCUGAGUAGGUUUAGAU